AUGCCGGUCGGAAAUUGCUCCCAGUCGGGACAGAAAUGGCCAGAAAAUGUUGGAAUUUUAGCGAUGGAAGUGUAUUUUCCAUACACUUACGUAAAUCAGGAGAAAUUGGAAGGGUUUGAUGGAGUAAGUAAAGGAAAAUAUACGAUUGGAUUAGGUCAGCGUAACAUGGGAUUCUGUGGCGAUCGUGAGGACAUCAAUUCUUUGUCUCUUACCGUUGUGCACAAGCUCAUGGAAAGAAAUUCGAUCAGUCCCAACGAUAUCGGCAGGCUUGAAGUUGGGACGGAGACCUUGAUCGACAAGUCGAAGUCCGUGAAAAGUGUUCUGAUGCAACUUUUUGAAAAAAGUGGAAAUUCGAGCAUCGAAGGAGUUGACACGACCAAUGCAUGUUAUGGAGGUACACAGGCCCUUUUCAACGCCGUAUCUUGGAUUGAAAGCAGUGCCUGGGAUGGUGAGUUUCAUACUUAGUUUGCGAUGUGUUAAUAAAGGAGUUUUUGACCGGCGAUCAUGGGCACGAACAUGUGAAAAAAAUCACCUGUUCUACAGCAGUUGAUCAUGUGCUUCAAACUUGGGCCUUUCUUCGCAUGGCUUUUCUGCUGCAUACAUUGUAUUCUCAGAUUUAAUCCCUUCUGCAUGUUGAAGCCAUUUCUCAGGAGUACCCAAAAGUAAACCUAAAGUCUGCAAAGCUUUCACUGAAAAUGGGACAACGUUCUCCUUGACUGACGAAUUUUAGAUCCAUAAUUUGACUUUUUUUAGAGGCCCAUACUGUACAGAUUCAAAACCCAGGUUUUGNGUUUGAUGGAGUAAGUAAAGGAAAAUAUACGAUUGGAUUAGGUCAGCGUAACAUGGGAUUCUGUGGCGAUCGUGAGGACAUCAAUUCUUUGUCUCUUACCGUUGUGCACAAGCUCAUGGAAAGAAAUUCGAUCAGUCCCAACGAUAUCGGCAGGCUUGAAGUUGGGACGGAGACCUUGAUCGACAAGUCGAAGUCCGUGAAAAGUGUUCUGAUGCAACUUUUUGAAAAAAGUGGAAAUUCGAGCAUCGAAGGAGUUGACACGACCAAUGCAUGUUAUGGAGGUACACAGGCCCUUUUCAACGCCGUAUCUUGGAUUGAAAGCAGUGCCUGGGAUGGUGAGUUUCAUACUUAGUUUGCGAUGUGUUAAUAAAGGAGUUUUUGACCGGCGAUCAUGGGCACGAACAUGUGAAAAAAAUCACCUGUUCUACAGCAGUUGAUCAUGUGCUUCAAACUUGGGCCUUUCUUCGCAUGGCUUUUCUGCUGCAUACAUUGUAUUCUCAGAUUUAAUCCCUUCUGCAUGUUGAAGCCAUUUCUCAGGAGUACCCAAAAGUAAACCUAAAGUCUGCAAAGCUUUCACUGAAAAUGGGACAACGUUCUCCUUGACUGACGAAUUUUAGAUCCAUAAUUUGACUUUUUUUAGAGGCCCAUACUGUACAGAUUCAAAACCCAGGUUUUGAUUAGUGAUCCCUAUAUCAGAUGAUAUUAACAUAGUUUGGUCUUUCACUCCUUUCCAAAAUGUGUGCCAGUGUGGUGCCCUUAAAAUUGGCUGCAGUUUUCUCUACAUUUACUUUUGUAGAAGGAAAGGUCUAUUAAAAUUAUUUUAAAUAAUAUAAAAAUGGAAGAACUAAAUUUGACACCGACCAGAUUGAUUGACUAGUGGCUGAUAAGACAGGGUUUAUUUGCAGGUCGUCUGGCAAUUGUUGUUGCUGCUGAUAUUGCUGUUUAUGCUGCCGGAAGUGCCCGUAGUACGGGUGGGGCUGGAGCAGUGGCAAUGCUGGUGGGGCCAGAUGCACCCCUUGUUAUGGAACGAGGUAAGGAUGUCUUCUCACAAACAAGUAACUUGAAAGUGUUAUAGUUCAAUUUUGCCUUUGGUGGAAUCUCAACUAAUGGCUAAGUUUUAAUUGUUUAUUUUGCUUAAAACAUUCUUGUUCCCAGAGCUGCUAACCUUUUCCCCAGCACCAUGGAUCGAGAGCUUUGCUGGCUAGUGCCAAACAGUGAGUCUGUGUUUUUUUUUUUUGUGCCAACUCAGAAUUUUGAAAUGAUAACUGUCAUGAACAGUUAAAAACAAGGCAGCUACCUGUAUUACGCUUGAGCUUUAUCCUGGAACCAGUCAGAACUCUCAAUCCUUGGCCCUGGCCAGAAUGAUGGCAGCUGGAUGAGAAUGAGUUCAAAAGAGGACAAGUUCAUGACAUAUUCUUAUCCCUCAUUUCAUGGUGAGACUCCAAAUACUAUUUGGGAAUUCACUGUUCUUUUUUUCAAGAUAGAACUAAUCUUCACUGAUGCUUUUUAGGAAUGAGAUCAAUACAUAUGGAACAUGCCUAUGAUUUCUACAAACCAAACAUGUCUUCUGAAUACCCAGUGGUUGAUGGAAAGCUCUCUGUACGCUGCUACUUUCAUGCGUUAGAUCAAUGUUACAAGAAGUACACCGACAAAGGGAAGACACUUCACCAAAAGACACAGUUCACUCUUGAUGACAUAGAUUAUGCCAUAUUUCACACUCCCUUCUGUAGGAUAGUACAGAAAUCAUUAGCUCGGUUAAUGUUUCAUGAUUUUCUAUGCAGUACAGAAAGCAGUAAUUCUGAAUCAGAAGGAGAUAGAUAUGCAGGUCUAUUACAAUUCAGGUAUGUGUGUGUUUACUUAUAAAUACUUAAUGAAAUGGCAACUGUUUAAUAUUUGCCAGGAGAGAAUAUAUCAAAAAUUUGUUUUGUGGUGUCAAGUAAAAAUAAGAGCCAAUUUUGUGAUCUGUGUUAAGUGGUCUUGAGGAAAGCCAUAGUUUUUUUGUUAGGUAGCAUUUAUGGUCUUUCAAAACGUAGGGAUAACAUUUACAUGACAUAUUAUUUACCUUAUUUCCUCGAAUAAGUGUCUAUGCUCUAAUAAACACCCUCNGAUAGUACAGAAAUCAUUAGCUCGGUUAAUGUUUCAUGAUUUUCUAUGCAGUACAGAAAGCAGUAAUUCUGAAUCAGAAGGAGAUAGAUAUGCAGGUCUAUUACAAUUCAGGUAUGUGUGUGUUUACUUAUAAAUACUUAAUGAAAUGGCAACUGUUUAAUAUUUGCCAGGAGAGAAUAUAUCAAAAAUUUGUUUUGUGGUGUCAAGUAAAAAUAAGAGCCAAUUUUGUGAUCUGUGUUAAGUGGUCUUGAGGAAAGCCAUAGUUUUUUUGUUAGGUAGCAUUUAUGGUCUUUCAAAACGUAGGGAUAACAUUUACAUGACAUAUUAUUUACCUUAUUUCCUCGAAUAAGUGUCUAUGCUCUAAUAAACACCCUCCCCCAAAUAAGCGCCUAGGCCUAAGUAUUAAACAAGCCUCCCCCUUGAACAAACGUCCUCCUCCCCUCCCCCAUUUCAUUCUUUAAUAGUAGGGAUACAAGGAAAACCUGCUUCUUUUGCCACUUUAUUGAUAACUGUCUGUAAACUGUAUAAAUUGGACCAAGUUACACUUGAUUACCAACAGGAGGACUCAAUAAGCGUCCCCCUUGAUUAAGCGCCCUCUUUCCAAUAAGCACACAUCCAUUUAGCGAAAAUUUUAGAUAUGGGCCGGGGCGCUUAUUCAAGAAAGUACAGUAUCUUCACUUCUCUUUUUAAUUAACCCCUUUCCUACUGCCACCAUUUCACCAUGCCACCAACAGUUUCCCUACAAAAAUCUGAGAAACUAGCGCAGAAAUUCUUCAUUGACUAUGUUUCAGUACUCUGACCUGGGUAGUGCUUCUGUUUGGUUGAGGUGACCAAAAAUAGCCUGUAAAUGCAGACAUAUUCCCAGUUGUCGCUUCUCAUCACCCAGAAUGUUAAUUUACUUUUCGGGUGCAGAGAAGCAACAACUGCAAAUGUACGUUUGCAUUCACAAGCUAACCCAAAUGUGACUCUCCAAAAAUUUGAGCAUACAGCACUUACUUUUUCACUUCCCCUUUUAUUCUGUUUGAGUAACUGUUGUCAUUAUGAUCAAUUUAGUAAUUCUCUUGAUGAUAUUCUUUCAACUUAGGAAUGUCAAACUUGAAGAAACAUUUCAAGAUGAGGCUAAAGCCAAAGAAAUAGAAAAGGCAUCAAUGAAAUGUAGUCAAACCAUGUAUGAUAAAAAGACGGCACCAUCACUAUUCCUUUCCCGUGAAGUUGGCAACAUGUACACUCCAUCACUGUAUGGCUGUCUCACCUCACUGCUGUUCAGGUACGACUGA